AUUGAACAACCUGAUGAUGAGAUUGAUGUAUUAAAUGGCGAAGAUCAAGAACUGAUUUAUGAAAAUCAAGAAAUUGUGAGCGAAAUUCAAGAAACCAUUGAUAAAAAUCAAGAAACAAACAUCGAG